AUGGCAGAGGGGUACCAGGCGGAACCCGCGUGGCCCAUCUCUCUGGCGGAGCCCUGCUGCUCACGGCCGCCUGGUGGAAGGCGCGCCCCAGCUCGUGCGAGACGGCGAAGACUGCGGGGGGCUACGGCUUGCGGGCCGACGGGCCGUAUGGCGCCCGGACGGAGGAGGAGGCCGAGGUGCAACAGCGCACGCAGGCACCUGCCGCGAGAAGAUCGGAGACGGCUCAGGAAGCAUGUGACCGGCUCCUCCCUUUGGGUCGCCCAUGGCGGUGUGGUCUAUGACAUCACGAACUUCGCCAAUGAACAUCCAGGUGGCGCCAGCGCCUUGCAUGGAGCUGGUGGGCAAGAUUUGGAAGUGAUAUGGAAGCACUACCCGGUGCAUUACCGGAAGCCGGAGGUGCUUGAGGCCCUGGCACCCUAUGCCAUUGGUCGACUGAGUGACCAGAGCAUGGAAGAGCUGCGGGAUGUGCGGAACCCGAAGGCCCUGGCAGCUACACUGCCCUUGCGCCGACGCCCCGGUGCAGAGAAUCUUGCAGCUUGGAGGAGUCAUCAGCGCAUGCUGUGGCGUUGGACGGCGGUCUGGGCAGUGACUCUCACCAGCUCGGUUUGGUGGUGGGCACGUGGCUUCCUCCGCGCGUUGGCGCACGUGCCGCUGCUGGGGCAGCCGCUGGCAGAGGCGUUGAGAGUCACCUGCUGCCUUGCUCAGUGCCGGGCUUGGGAGGAGCGGCUCCUUUGCCAGUGGUCGAUGAAGCUGGAAAGCGUGGGCGCGUGGCGGUCAUCGGAGGUGGCAUCAGCGGCUGCAGCUGCGCCUUCAGCCUGGCAGAGUCGGGCUACGAGGUCACGGUCUACGAGGCGCGUCCGGUAUUGGGCGGCAACGCGCAGACGGCCAGCUUCGUGGUGGGACAGAAAGGUGAAGAGAAGACGGUGA